CCUGGUUGUCCUUGAAAACCCCUGACAGGACUCGUAUUCACGUAGUGUGUGGAGCAGGUGCCGACCUCGCGCUAGGCGGCGGUCACGGCCUCCGCCGGCCGAUCAAUAAUUCCAGCAACAGGCGGCAGUCCCUUCCCCAGCCAACUCCGAAGCAUAAACAAUCUGGGUUUGAGGAGACUCAGGGGGAACACUAGUUCUCAGGGUCCUCAACUAGUAGUAUUAUUAUGCCCCCUCCUUGUGCCAAAAAUAUAGUUCAAAACCUAGUCCAUUAUAUACUCAAGCAUUUAUACUCAUCCUUACAGUGAUAUAAGACAGUAUUAUUAUAAACAUUAAACCGUGUAGAAAAGACCUUAAUUUGCAGUAUAUACACAGAAUGCAUAUCUGUGAUUAUACUAGAUUAUCUAGCUAGCGGAUACACAGGGUUGAGCUGUAGAACCCCAAUAUAUAAUAUAUAUAUUUAAUAUAUUGUAUAUGUGGUCAUUAGACAGCGUAAUCUGAACCUAGAUAUACAACUCCUGAUCUAGCCAGUCGAAAACUAACCUACAUGGAGGCGGAACAGUUAUUUAAUGAUAGUUCCACUGUUGGUUCUACGGCGGAUAUGCCGGAUAUUUUUGAUGUGCUGGAGGGUGGAGAAGAUGAGGGGGCAGUUAGAUAUCUCCUUGGAUUUAACGGAGAGGAGGGUGGAGUGGGACUACUUGGUCAAGUUGAUACAUUUACCGGGAUGGAGGUUAUUGAUAAAUAUGUAGGGGAGGGAAUAAACUUAGGACUUACACCAACAUAUCUGCCUCAGUUACAGAACUCUUCUGACUCUCCGUCUAUUCAGACUAAAACCACUGAGGUUAUUCGCCAGGUUCACUCCAGCAUGAGUAACAACAAAAAGAGAGAUACCAGCGGAGCUAAGGCCAUUCAUAAUUGUGAUUCAUGCGGAAAAUGUUUCACGACCAAAUUCAACCUGAAGCGACAUAUCAACAUGCAUUGUCACAAGUCUAAAGAGAACGGGGUUCCCAUCCAGGGACCACCCUCUGCCUCUGCUCCGGCCAAAAAAUCUGAUAAAUCUGGGAUGAAGGUUGAUCAUCAUAUCACUAGUGUCCAGGUUAACGGAACCCACCAGAGAGUCCAACCUGCCAAUCCUCAAACAGUGCUGACCCAGAAUCACACUAUCCUACACAACGGACACGCUCCGGUUCCAUACUCAAGGGUUGUUACGGUACCACAGACUGAAUACCAGAGAACUGAACCUGACUCAACUUAUAAGCUUCCUUCAGUCCAAACUAUCCUUCCAGUGUCUACUGUAUAUACAUCAAACAACCCAGUAGUUUGCGCUGCAAACACGUUUUCAACAGUUCCCAGCUGUGACUCCUCUCAAACCGUUUCCUCGGUUACUUCCUCUAGUCAUAAUACAGACUUCGGAACCCUUCCCGCGGAUCUUUUUGAUCCAGACUCCUCUAGAUCUCAGCCCCCGACACCAACCUCCCCUCCUGGGAGUGGGAAUGAAAGGUUUCCUGAAAAUGAAUCUGAUGAGGAUUCUCUGACUGGGAUAAAGUUAACCUGUAUCCCGGCAGGUUGGACUAGGAAGGUAUCCUAUGAGACCGGGAGAACGUCCUACUGUAGUCCACUUGGUAAACUCUUCUACUCCUACGAGGAGAUUCUUCAGUAUUUCAAAACUUUCAAUAUUCGUGUACCCGUGGGACUGUUCAACUUCGAUUCAACUUACUUCGAUGAUUCCGAAGAGGAUGAGGAUGAGGACGAGGAGGACGAUGAGGAUGAAGAGGAUGAGGAGGAUGAAGAUGAUGAGGAGGAGAGAAUAUGUGCCAAAAGAAGAAGAAAUGACGUCCAUUACAUAAGUUCUGAUUCACUUGCUCUACCGUUGCGAAGCACUCCAUCACCAGGUCCCCCUCCGACCGAGUCUCCUCUAGCGUCUGGCUGCUCAACAUGUGAUGAGGCUACCCACUGCACUCACUGUGCAACCGGAGAAGGACUUUAUCAUCCAGUCGAACCUUCCACCCAGAGAAUAUAUCAGUCCAACUCAUACCUCGCCUAUAUUCAAGGCCUGAGACUAGGAAGUGAGACAAUGUGUGACUGGAGUAGAGAUUUAGCUCCAGCCCGAGAUCUUCUCUCGGAGGAGGGAGCACCUUCUCAUAUAAGUAUUCCACCCUGGUUGGAGAAAUUAUAUACUAGUGAAGGUUCCCACGGAGUAGAUUCAUUCUGUUCUCUUCGGGACCUUAUGCUCCAGGAAGCUCUAAAUGUCGUGAAAUUGGCAUAACAUGUUAUUAUACCCAAUAUAUAUCUGAGCUAGCGGGUCGGUCAACUCAUCCGGGGCAGGAGCAGUUCAACCUUGUUAUAGUUUCGGUCUAACUUGUCAGAUAAGCGCCGGAGUCAAAUUUUUCAUUCAGAAUCCGGUGUGCUAACUUUAUCCAUAUCGUACAAAAACUAGUUAAAUCUUAUCAAUCAAUGCAUCAACAAAAACUGGUGGGGAAUAUUUCUUGAUCUCCUCACUGAGUUCUUUGAUAGGUUGAUCGGCCCGCUUGCUCCAUGGUAUACUGGAAUAGAAGGGAGCAACAUUUAGAAACCUUGGAGAACCAGUAUUAUUUAAUAUUUCAGUAUUAUGUCCUGUAUUAAAGAAAAUCUAUUUGAUUUGUCUCAUGUGACAAUAUUUACAUAUCAAAAAUUUGUAACUGUUCCCCCGUCCUGUAGAAUAUUUAAGAAGCUAAUCGUAAAUAUGAAAAUCUUGAAUUGUUUACACUUUUAUUAAUUAUGGGGCUUCGUUGAAAUUCUAUUUAUUUUUCUUUGAACUUGCCGAAGAAUUGAGUCGUGAUUAUCUGCCAAGGUUUCUAGAUGCUGCUCCUUGUUUCUUGUUUGAAAACGCGCUGUGUGUUGUUUCUACGUUGUAACGUAGGAUAACGAGUAAAUAUUGUCUACAUGGUCUCUAGAUGUUUUAUAUGUUUAUAUGUCUACUCAAAGUUUACAUUGCUUGUUGAAAAUAUAAUUUAUAUCAGUGAACAUAAAUGGAACAAAAAUAUACUUGUUGAGUAAA